AUGAACAACGAUGUGUUGUUCGAGAUCCUCUUGCAUCUUCCUGUACGAUCCCUCUUGAGAUUCAUACGUGUCUGCAAAUUCUGGUAUUACGUCAUUGAUUCUCCACACUUUAAAUAUCAGCACACCUUGCGGCUUAACAACAAGAAAGAUGAGGAGGUAUAUCUACACUUUUCUUUACGUCAUGAUGAUUAUAUAUAUCGUCUUUUUGGGAAGAAAGUAUCGCUAAAUCUCCUAGACAACGGGAAGUCAUUGAAGUUUCCGCAUGACUCAUGUAUCGACCUAAGAGUAGUAUCUGGGGCUGUUAAGGGUUUAUUCUGCCUAAGUUCUCCUACGUUUGACACUGUAAUAUGCAAUCCUUUUUUAGGUCAAUCCAAGAUUUUACCACUUUCUCCUUACUCUUGCACUUACUCCCAAAGAAAUAACAUUGCUCACCAAGUGGUGGGACUGGGUUUCCACGAAGAUUACAAAGUGGUAGAGCUGCUGUCGUCCUUGAAGCCUGGAUGUUUGCACGCCAGUCUGUAUUUGGCAAAGACUAAUUCUUGGAGAAAAUUGGAUCUGGAUCCAAAUUUGGUCAUCAAGAAACCCAUAAAGUCGGUGUGCAAGAAUGGAUCCUUUGCCUACUGGGAAGGGCUAAACACAAGUGGUAAGGAGAUUAUACUAAGCUUUGAUAUGAAGAAUGAAGUGUUUCGAACAAUUACAAUAUCGUGUGAUAGUGUACUUGGUCACUCAACGAUUCUUGCAAAGGGUGAGUGCUCUUUUGUUUUCUUUGUUAGAGAGAGAUGUAAGUUGAAGAUUUAUGAGUUGAGCUGUGAAGGAAGUGAACUUAUUUGGAAUAAUGUGAACAAUGUGGAACUACCUUCUUUGUCUGUGGCCCCGCCUAUUCGGAGGAUUGAUGAUAUUCCUACCAGGAAGGCUAAUGAUAUUCCUAUUAGGAGAAAUUAUGAUAUUCCUACCAGGAAGGUUGAUGAUAUUCCUAUUAGGAGGAAUGAUGAUAUUCCUAUCAGCAAGGUUAAUGAUAUUCCUAUUAGAAGGGUUAAUGAUAUUUCUAUUUGGAGGAAUGAUAAUUGUGUGGUCCUUAGAGAUUUGCAUAUUCGGAAUGAUUAUGGUCCUAUUGGGAUGCCUUAUAAUAGUGGAUGUCAGUCGAGCAAAGUAAUUUUGUAUGAUUAUUGUGCUCGAAAAUUGAUAGGAUGUUUCAAGAUACAUGAGAGCUCGAACACGACUACGACUGAUGAUAUCAUUGAGUACGAAGGAAGCUUUCUUUCACCUUAG